AAGCAACUGAUCUAUUCGUAACGCGGAAACUACUGAUGACAACAGUGGGUGCCAAUCCGGUCAGAUCCGAUGGGCGGAAUCCGAUCGGGUGCGUCAAAGACGUAGUUUCUAUCUCCUCUUCAUAAUGUCACCCAAGGCCACGAAACGCGUCGGUUUUGCUGAUGUUCAAACGGUUGGUGCUUCUGUUCGCUUUGACUGACCAGCUAAACAGGUGCAUCCCAUCACAUUUCACAGGUUGUGUUCCGGUAUCCUUCUAGAAAAAAGCGUCUAUAAUUAUCAUCAAGUUGCAGACAGAUCCUUGCACUGUCGACACAGAAAAGGCUGAAAUGGUGAGCCUCAGAGCACAUAUUACGGGAAUUUUUCGCGGCCCUGAAUCAGUCAACUUCCCGGCGUUAUAUUAGCCACUGAGCUAUUGAUGGUCCAGCGCAAUGAUGGAACGGCUCUCAGAAGAGAAGUAAGUCUCGUCCGACCUCUGGGAAUUUGAACAUCGGAUCACUACUCGAAUGAUCCGAGUCUGGAGUAAGAAGACCGUGUGGCUGUGACCCUUUUGCUGACCUCACGCUCGUUGCUCGUCUCCAUCUUCCCAUGUCGUCUUCUCGUUCAGCGUCCGCGCUCCCGUCCGGAAGCUCCCUCCCAGUAAACUCGGGCUCAGCUUCCAGUGGUGCCCCAGCCAGCUCGGCCCCAGCUAGCUCGGUCCCGGCGUCCUCCAGCCUCUCCAUCGCCCAGAGCGCCGCCGCGGGCCUCGCAACAAUCACUCAGCCGCCGCAGACCGCCACGUCGUUCUUCAAACUCGCACAAAAUGAGAUGAUCACCUUCGGCUGGAACUACAGCUAUGUCCUCGUCACACCGACCUUCCUCACCAUCAGCGCCGUGGGCGACAACGGGAACACCUACCCCGUGGGUCCGGAUCCGAGCGGUCGCGUUCCGGGUACCCAGCUUAGUGUAGUCUGGGACGUCUACUCGUACCAGCAGGCGCACCCCAACACGCCGCUGGCGCAGGGGACGUACAACCUGCGGAUGUGGGACGACCGUGGACCCACUGCUGUCCGGGCGCCAGGCUAUUUGACCCCCAACACCGCCCUCUCGUUCGCGAUCUACACGCCGAAUCCGUAUACCCCGCUUGCAAGUGGCUGGACCUGCCCGGGCUGCAACGGCGCACUUUCCAACCGCCCUGCGACCGCUGCCGUUUUCUUGACGUUCCUGGUCAUGCUCGUUUCAGGAUGGCGAGUGUUGAGUGGGAUGAGGGCCCGUGCUUGAUAAGCUCGAUGUUUCCGUAUCUAGACGCUUUCCACGGUCUCUUUCUUCCAUCCACUCGUUACGACCACCUGCAUUUACGAUUCUUUGGUGCCUCAUGCGGACACGGACAUUACAAACAGAGCGCGGCAUUUCGUAUCCCAUAUUACUAUGCAUUCCCACUAAUGGACCAGGACAUUUGAAUACGUGCGCGAUGGUUCAUCAGAAAUAGUGCUUCGGC